GAUCAAAGGCGUCAGUCCCAAAGUGAUGAAGGUAAUCCAGAUGUUGAGGCUGAGGAAGAUCUUCAGUGGGGCCUUCGUCAGAAUCAACAAGACCUCUGUAGCCAUGAUGAAGAUGGUGGAGCCCUAUGUGGCCUGGGGAUUUCCCAACUUGAAGUCUGUUCGUGAGCUGAUUCUGAAGAGAGGCCAGACCAGGGUAGGCAGGAGGAGAGUUCCUCUCACAGACAACACCUUCAUUGAGCAGCACAUGGGUAAACAUGGCAUCAUCUGUUUGGAGGACCUGAUUCACGAGAUCUAUUCAGUUGGUAAGGGCUUCCGAGCUGCCAACAACUUCCUGUUGCCUUUCAAGCUGUCGGUGGCUCGUCACGCUGCUAGGGACAAGGCCGGGCUCCUAAAGGACCUGGGAAAGCCUGGAUUCCGUGGUACAGACAUUAACUCUAUCAUCAGACAGCUGAACUGAGGACAAAAACAUGCAAGACGGACACUCAGCAGCAGCUUCAAGGAUGCUUUAGUGCAACUGCCAACGACAAGAUAUUUAAAUUUAUUUUUUGUUUCUUUGGCAGAGAAGCCAAUGGGUUCCACCUAGAGUCAUACUUUAAUAUACAUUUACCUGUACACCCAUUCCCUGGUUACACUUACAGUACACUGGGAGACAUAAGAAGGACCUGAAGUGGGGUCUCUUGCUUAUCCAUGUUUUUGUUUUGCACUCAUGUUUGAAAAAUGAAAUCAUGUAGUGCCCCUAACCACAGACUGAUGGAUGCAGUUGUGCUCCUUGGUGAAAAUGUAACAAUGUGUAAUAAUAACUUGAGAAAUGUAAAACAUUGUCAGUUAAAUGGUGUUUAGUUGCUACACAUGACAUUCCUCCAUUUGUCAGAGGAAUGGAUCAAUACUUGCUACAUAGGCAAGGACAGUAAAUGAUUAAGUAGGAUGGGCAGGGCAGCACACCUACAGUAAUCUCAUUUACCGCAUUUAGUAGUUUUCAGUGUGUAAAGUCUGAAAAAUCUGUUUAAAAUCUUGAUUAAUUCAUUGAUUUAUGAUUCAUUGUCAAUACACUUGGUUUUUACAAUAAAAAAAAAAUGAUUCAUUA